AUGAUGGCGAGCGCUUUUUUCAUGGGAAAGGUUUGCCAAGUCGAGGCGGAAAAUUGCACUGGUACCCCGGGAACUGUGGCUUUCGAUGUGAGUUGUAAGAGUAGUUUCUUUUGGAGAAAUUUUUGCUCCGGAAAAGUUUUGAUUCGGGGAAAUUUGUGCCCCGGAGAAUUUUUGCUCUGGAGAAAUUUUUGCUCCGGAGAAAUUUUUGCUGCGGAGAAUUUUUGCUCCGGAGACAUUUUUGCUCCGGAGAAGUUUUGAUUAGGAUGAAUUUUUGAUUAGGAUGAAUUUUUGUUCCGGGAAAGUUCUCAGAAAAAAUUUUCUUAUAAAGGUUUUUUCAACGGAAAAUAUUACUUACCCCGGAGAAGUUUUAGCUCCGAGAGAUUUUUACAUUGCACCAAAAUUUACUCCAAAGAAUUUUUUCUCCAAAGAGUUUCUUGCCUUCACGCCCGGAGAAGUUUCGGCUCCGGAUAAAAUUUUUGUUCCGGAGUAGCUUUGUCUCCUUAAAAAUUUUUGCUCCGGAGAAGCUUCUGCUCCGGAAAAUCUUUUACAUCACAAUGAAAUUUGCUCCGGAGAAUUUUUUGAUCCGGAGAAGUAUCAGCUCCGGGGGAUUUUUUACAUCACAAUUUGUACUGGAGAAUUUUUGCUCCGUAGAAUUUUUGCUCCGGGAAAUUUUUUCAUUUGUCUCCAUGAAAUGAAUGACCACUUUUCUUUUGAUGUUUCGUCAGAAAAAGUUAACUUUCAGUUCGAUCUCAACGGACCACGCGCGUAUCUUGCCGAUUUGACUACCACCGCCUUUCUGAUUGGCAAUGCCAUUGGAUCUAGUUUGAUUACUCGGCUCUCGGACACGUAAGGCGAAUGUUUGCAAUUUUUAUCAUAAUCUUUGUCUCCUUGGUUUUAAAUUUGUUUCCGUAUGUUUUUUGAAAUACGACAUGAUAUCAGUCUUUCAGGAAAAUAAUGAGAACUCUGUCGCAUCAAAAAUCGUAUCGCCGACGAGAAAAUCAAUUAUGUCGCGAUAAAAUCAAAUUGCUUUUUACUGCAGCGACGCGAUCGGCGCAGCGACAUUGUGCUCAUUAUUUUCCCGACAGUCAAUAAUCGCUUUUAAAACUCCAAAUUUUUCAGUCAUGGCCGUCGCCCAACCCUGGCCGUUUCCCUUCUCAUUCUCGGCCUCAGCGGAUCCCUCAGCGCCCUCUCUCCUAAUAUCUAUUUCUUCAUCGUAUGUCGUCUAAUUCAAGGCUUCUUCUUUGCCGGUUGCGUGAUUAUCAACUGGGUUCUGUCCUACGAAUGCUCCCCGCAUCUCCUACGACCUUAUACGGCCCUAGUUUUUGGGCUGAUGUGGGUAGUGGGCUAUUGUAUUUUGGCGCCGAUGGACUUUAUGCUACACAACUGGAAGCCGUUUAUGGUGGCACUCUCACUGCCUUCGGUAUUUUACGCGUUUUUGUUGCAGUUUUGGGCACCCGAAAGCUUUCAUUUCAGUGUGGCCAAUGGAAGAAAGGAGCAGGUAAGAAACGUUUUUUUUUGUAAUAAGUUUGCGAUUUUUACUGAUUAAAAUUCAGCCCAAAGACGAACUAUUCCGGAGCAUUUUUUCUCCAAAAAAUUGCUCCGCUCCGGAGAAAUUAUCUUCUCAAAUUUUAAGAAUGUCUUCAUUCUCAAAACUCCGGAGAGUGAUUUUCUCCGGAGCAAAAGUUUUCCUCCAAAUUGAGAAAGGCUCCAGAUUUUUGGGAAGGAAAUUUCUCUGGAGCGGAGCAACUUUCCGGAGAAAAAAGCGCUCCGGAGUAUUUUUUUUCUUUUUCUGAAUCACACAAAGUUGGUAGAACUCAACUUUUUGGUAUCAAAACAUGCGAAAAUAUUUUGUAAAAAUUGCUAUGGACCAAAGAUUUCUCCGAAAAAUCACUACCAAACAACAAAAAACAUUUCUAAUUCAGGCAAUAAGUUUCGUUGACCGUGCCAACAAAGCUGCUGAAAUCAAGUUAGAACUCUCCGAAUUGGACCAUUUGUUCGAUGAAAGUCCCUCCGAAGACUUGAAUGACACCCCUCAACCCACUCACAAUCACGGACUCUUCUACGAACUCGGCCGACAAAAGAUUUUGAUCGUCUACACAUUGGUUUUGGGAUAUUUAUGGACCUGUGACGCGUUUAUUUACUACGGCUUAUCGUUGUUUAGCACUGAACUGGCAGGGAAUCGGUGGGUUGAAAAUGGGAUUUUUAGGACGUUUUGAGGCUUUUGGAUGUACUUUGGAGCAUUUUUCCUGCACCGGAGCAAGUUUACUAUUGAUAAAUUUAUUUCAUCUAAUUUUUUUAUCUUAUUUUUGCAACUUUCUUGAAGUUUCAUGACGGAGCAAAAAAUGCUCCGGAGAAAUUUUUGCUCCGUAAAAUUGCUCCGGAAAAGUCUUUUCAGAAAUUUUCCGGUUUUGCGAAGAUUCCAAGACAUUAAAAGAUUUAAAAAAUUGCUCCGGAGUAAAAAUUGCUCCGGAGAACAAAAUGCUCCGGAGAAAAAAAUGCUCCAUAGAAAUUCUUCGCUCUGUAAGAAUGCUUCGGAGAAAUUUUCUCUGAAUUUUUCAGAUUAUAAGAAAGCUCUUUGCAAAAUUUCAAAAAAAUUGCUCCGGAGUAAAAUUGCUCCGGAGAAAUUUCCCGGGUAAUACCAAAUAUACCUUACUCAAUUUUUUCAGAUACCUCAAUUUUGUCCUCUCCGGCUUAGUCGAAGCCCCCUCUUAUCUCGUUUCUCCCUAUUGCCUCAGGGUUCUUGGCCGUCAAUGGUUUGUCAGCCUCUCACAUUUUAUUACUGCCGUCGCUUUUCUUGGAGUCAUGUUCAUCACCAAUCCCACCAUUUUCUUGAUUCUCUGGCUGAUUGGGAAAUUUGGAAUUGCAUGUGCACUAACGGCGUUGUUCGUUUACGCCAGCGAGGUCUUCCCGACUACAGUAAGAUCUGGUUGUAUUGGGUUCUGCUCAACGUUGGGACGGGCUGGAGGGGCUCUGGCGCCGUCGGUCAGGAUAUUGGUAGGUUUUUGAAGUCGAUACGUCUCACAACAGCCAUAAAAUACGCGAAGAUUAAAUUUCUAUGGGAUUCGGAAGGGUUUCAUGUUUUCGUGGUGGGACCAAAAAUUUAGAAAAUCGUCAGAAUUCAUUCAUAUAAAGUUAAAAAUAGCAUAUCCGACUCUUCCGAGGCCCAGAAAGUCUCAGAAGACUAAAUUUCCGUCAAAAUUUCAAAAUGCCAGGUUUUCGUGGUGGGACCAAAACUUUUAAAAAAUCACCAUAAUUCAUUUAAAAAGUGUCAUAGUCGACCCUUCUGGGGUCCAGAAAAUUCAUUUCCGCUAAAAUUACGAAACGUCAAGUUUUCGUGGUGGGACCAAAAAUUUCGAAAAUCAUCAUAAUUCUUAUAAAAAAUAGUUUAGUCGAUCCUUCUGAGGCCCAGAAAAUUCAUUCCCGUCAAAAAAAACCAUCUUACGAAAUGUGAGGUUUUCGUGGUGGGACCAAAAAAUUGAGAUUUGCCUAUAACUUGACGCCCCGAUUAAAACCAAAAAAAGUCUCAAAAAAUCUUCUUUUUUCAGGGCGUAGUUCAUCCUCAACUCCCCAACAUAAUGUUCAUUGCAAUGGCUACUGUCGGCGGAUUUGCGACCUUCAUUCUCCCCGAGACAGCGGGAAGGGAAUUGCCAGACGAAGCCGGGGAAUCCAUUCAUUCUGUGAACGAUGCAUGA